AUGGAAGUAGUACUACUGCUGUACUUAUUGGUGCUUAUGCCGCACACUUCGCAACAAUCAGGGACGACGACAAUAACUGCAUCGACUACAAGAUCAGGUAUUACCACAAGUCGACAACCAACGACCGCCUCUACUUCAACAGCUCGUGCACCAACUAGCAGGUCAAGCACGACGACUACAACCAAAGUCACCUCAACAACGCGUAGUAUUCCUACAACCACAAAAUCGACGACAACUGCUUCUACGCCCAGCAGUGCUCCCAUGACAAUAACAACAACAACCACAACUACAGACUCGACGACCACUACAAGUACAACGUCACAAGCAUACACACCUGUAGCUACGACCGUUACUUACGCUGACUGUACAAUAAACGGCUCAAACCUUGUUACGUUUGACGACGUUAGCAACUGUACAGAAUGCUUGAUUCCAAACGGUUAUAUGAAUUUGAAAUGGACCAAUGUUGGAGUUGUUGAUCCGUCAAAAGAAUCGUCAAAUUAUUUGACUUCUGGCUAUGAAACUGCACUUACAAGUGGAAGUUACACCACAUUUAACGAUGAUGGUUCUCCGAUGACAAUUUCGGCAUCUGACAGUAACCAACCGUUUACACUUGGCUCGUUCAUUGCUGCUUCUGCUUGGUACGACAACAAUAUCCUGACAAUAACAAGUUCACGUUCCGGUAUGGCAAUGUAUACAGCUACCUACUCAUUACUGGUUAAUACAGCUAUGGUCAUCCAAUUAAAUUGGAGUAAUCUUGAUUCCGUUACAUUCAGCACGUCAAAUUGGCAGUUUGCAAUGGAUAAUUUAUGUCUGGGAAUUUCGAAUAUUUCUGGCUACGUUUCUCCUGAUAGUUCGACAGUUCCACAAACAAAUGUGAACGAUACAAUCUAUUGGGCUUCUGGACCUCAAACAGACCUAGAUCCACUGAAUCUGACAGGCUGGAGUGUGUGUUAUCAGGAUACGUAUGACGUUGAUCUUUACUUGACUCUGAAUACUGCUUUAUUACAAUGUUACAAAAACAAGUUAAUGAUGUCAUGUCGACCAAUUAGUUCUAGUCUGCUGACCCUUGCAGCUAUGGGCCUUCGUUCUGACGUUUUGUAUGAUUGCGGAACAAAUGAAUCUUGCACACACGUAGCACACGGGGUUGGAUGGUACUUCAGUUCAAGUUUCAGUUGGGGAUUUGUCGACGGUACAGAUUCAGUUUACCGUGGACAGUGUGAUACAACAUCCUACAACUCAGAUCUUCGUCUCUGUUGGCAUACAGGUAACUGGGGUGUCGGUGGCUAUCGAUGUGGUGCUACAACGGGUUUGAAUAUUAAUAACGGGUGGGAACGAUUAAUCUGGCAUGCUGACUAA